UCAAAUCCCAUUGAUCGAAAAAGUUCACUCUUAGUUCUAAAUCCUUUCCUAGACACGAAAGGUCUUCUUAGAGCGAAUGGUCGGCUUGCAAACUCAAGCCUAACAUACAAUGAACGCCACCCGAUAAUCAUACCAGAGAGGUCUCCAUUUACCACACUCUUUCUUCAUUAUAUCCACAUUCUGAUGCUACACGCCGAACAUCGCCUCAUGCAACAGAUAGUCCGUCAAGAGUACUAUAUUCCCCGUCUUAAGCCAAAAAUAAAGAAAUGCAUCUUCAUGUGCAAGAUCUGCACUAUGCAUAAGCAGAAAAUGCGAACACAGAUUAUGGCAGCAAUUCCACCGGAACGCUGCAAUUUCGCUCUGCCCUUCACUAUCACAGGUGUCGAUUUUGCAGGGCCUUUUCAGAUAAAGGCGUCCAUGCUAAGAUCUCCCACCCUCAUGAAAGGCUAUGUGGCUGUUUUUGUCUGUUUUACGACAAAAGCAGUACACCUUGAGCUAUGCACGAAUCUGACGACAGAGGCUUUUCUCGCGGCAUUUGCUCGCUUUGUCGGACGUCGUGGUUUUCCCUCCAAAAUCAUGAGCGAUAAUGGCAAAACGUUUAUAGGGGCUCAAAGAGCCACUGAAAGACAAUUUGUGGAAUUUAUACAACAAGUCUCACCUGAAAUUGUACAGAAAUAUGCUCCCCAAGGCAUCAAUUGGCAAUUCAUUCCCCCAAGCGCUCCACACAUGGGAGGUUUAUGGAAAUCCGCACAAUAUGGACGUGGAUAUGAUAUCCCCACCAACGAAAACCGUGCGUUCGACGGUCACCAUUCCACGAUCUGGGACUACCCCAAUCGCAACGCCUCGAACUACCAUUGCAGCAACCGCGGCCCGAACCCGGGCACAAACCACACCAAUGAUCCAUCGAAGUGA